AUGGGGGUUUCAGCUGGGAGGGUUACGGUGGAUGACGGAGAGGGCAUGGGCGGGAUCGGCAUAAGAGCUGGGAAAACUACAGAUGACGAUGAGGAUUUGCGACUGGAUUAUGGGGACCACGGCGGAGGAGGAGAAGGAGGAUUGUUGGAAGGGGAGUUGGAAUAUCACCAAGCAAUUGAGAAAAUCAGGAUUAUUGAACAGGUUCGGGAAAACUUGGCCUACACACGACCCUCACGACUGCAACCCCGACAAGUGGAGAGUGGUUCAUCAUCAAUAGGGGCCUCCGAUGCUUCAAUAGUUUCGAACUCGAUAGUAGUGUCGACAACCCUAAAUUCGAUAGGGUCAUCAACAAGCGCUUUGUUGGAUACUUCCUUGACUUCGGUCCCAUUAACGAGCCUCCUUACAGAUGUAACAUCCUCGACUACGCUGCUGACAAUCUCGAGUACGAAUUCUCCUCCUCCGUCGCCAGCGGAAACAUCCGCUGGGAUGUCCAUCCCACCUACAACAAGUUUAACGUCAUCAUUAUCAUCAUCAAUUACACCUCGGCCUCAAAAUACAGGUUCCUCAACUACCCGGUCUUAUACGACGAUCACUUCCUACUUGACGUCGCAAACAUCAAGAAAUAAUGGAACUACAACAAGUAAUACUAGGUCCACAGGUUCAACGACCCUUACCUCAUCACAGCCUAGUGCGUCAACAGUUACUGUUGAUGGCACUGUUAUUGUUUACACGUAUUCAACAAGCACGCAAGAAUUGAGUUCUUCCUCAAGCACUGGUAACAGCUCCACCCGAACAUCCACAUCUUCCGUCUCAUCAAGUAGCUUGAACAGCACAGCCACUUCAACCACUUCUUCCGAGUCGCUCGCGACGUCUUUACUAGGAUCCGGGACUGACAUAGCUGAAGGUGGAGGUGGUGGUGGAUAUGUAGCACCGACAAGUAGUACUUCUGCAUCCGCAGUUCCGACAUCAACAACUACACCUUCUGAUAAUAGCCCCCCUGUAAGCCCAAGUCUUCUUGGAGGCGUUCUGGGGGGUGUAGCAGGAAUUGCGUUCAUACUGGUGGCCAUAUUAUAUUUAGUACGACGACACAAGAGAGCGGUUGCUGCACAACAAAGAGAUGAUGCAGGGUAUGGUGGCCCGCUAGAAGGGGCCGAGGGGGAUCAGAUGAUGCAAAGGUCAGUAGCUUCGACACCCAGUGUAAUAGGACCCUCGAGAUAUUCGUCAAUGACGGCUAGCUCAACGUCACCAACCGGCUCAACUGCUCCUAUGAACUUUUCUUCAGCGGUACCACCUGCACCACCAUCAACUCAUAUGCCGCCACAUAUUGGCAGCUCGAUGGCGCCUCCGCCACCUCGAAUACAGGAAGAGGCCGUGGAGAGUGAUAAUGAAUCUACAGACAAGCUUCCUAGACCACCGCCAUUCCCCAGACAAUUGAGUGCAGUCAGUGUCGGGAGUGUUGGCAAGGAUGGAGUGGGUAGAUCAUUGCCAUCACAUGAUGGUUCACGAGCCUCGCGGUUUACUGAGGAUAUCGUGUAA